UUUUUGAUGUAGUCUUCACCAGCUGUUCCUCACGACAAUAUCAUCCUCCCUCGGAUGUUCCCCGCUGAAGAGGACCAAUUACAAUGAGUGGCGAUAACAGGAAGAUCAUCAAUCCUUUGCUGAAUGUGUCCGUGACUGGAGGGACCAUCGAGGAAUUCACCCAGAACGCAGUCCUGCUUCCGGUGGUUCCGCCCCCAGUUGCCGCCCCCAUCUCAGAAUCGACGAGCGCCAGUUACUUCCAACAGCCGACAGAUAAUAACCAGCAACAGGAAACUAACGUGUUCGACAGCUUCUACCAGCAGGGACAAGAAGUGCCGCAACACCAGGACAUCCCGAUCAACAAUUUUGCGCAACCGAAGCAAUCAGUAUUUUCAUCAUUCUCUUCGUACUUACUAGGUCCUAAUAACCAGUCAACUUAUACUUACGAGCCGCAACCAAAUCCUUACGAACAAGCAAACUAUCCUCAGACAUUUGCAACACAAGAGGUCCCAUUGAUUACGCAGAGUGUACCAAUCCAUCAAGAUAAUAUCCAGCCGGUUCCACUUUUCAAACCUAACGAACCGAUUGCGAGCGCUCCAAUUUGUCCGCCGCAAGGACCAGCAAAUACAUACAGAAGGGCUACUGGACUGAAGAGGCCAACGUACGCUCCGAUACCGGGGCUCUCAAACCAACCGUCGAGUAGUUUACCUCCGUCGGCACCGACCCUCAAUUAUCUCCCAACAGAACCAACAAGCUUCACGCCAAAUGUGAACGCUAAUGUGUCUAGUGCCAUUCUGAAUCCAAUUCCACCUACUUCACAUUCCAUUCUUACACCAAUUAUGAGUACGAUGGCAGCUAACAAAGCCUCCUCGUCGCUCAGAGAGCAUAUGAUAACACAAACCGACAAUCUGACGGAUGAGCAGGUUGUCACAUACAGACCCGUAUACAACCAUUGGUUUUACAAAAAACAAAAUGAAACUGAUGUAUCUUGGACUCCAUUUUCAAUGAUGGAUUCCAUGAACUUGGAAGAAGCAUAUUUAUCAAGUGAUUUAAGCCCAGAUAAAGUUGUUGCUACGGACGGUGGAAGGUAUGACGUUAAUAUUCUACGUAGAGAAAGGAAUUCGAUUUAUUGGAAGAGUCCAGCCAGCGAGGUGCGUAGGUGCUCCUGGUUUCACAAAGGUAGCUCUGAUGGUCGUUACGUACCUUACGAUGAAAACAUAGCUACAAAAUUAGAAGGCGAAUUCAAGAUAGCCUUUGAAUCGAACACUUGGAAUAGGAAAGUUGAACUUGAAACCGGUGAAAACAUAAUAUUCCACAGUCAAGAUGUUUUGGUUCUUUUUCCGCCACUCCAAUCCCCAGACGCUUGGGGAAACACACCUAAUCAUCCGAGACCUAGAGUUGUCAAACGAGGAAUGGAUGAGUUUCACAUCGAAGAAGGUGAACCAGCCAAAGUGGAUCAUUUAUUGUUUUUGGUGCACGGUAUUGGAUCAGUUUGUGAUUUGAAAUUCAGGACUGUAGAAGAAGUUGUUGACGAAUUCCGUUCUGUAUCGCUUCAAUUAGUCCAGUCCCAUUAUCGCUCCUCCUGCGAAACUGGUAUAGCAAAUCGUGUGGAGGUUCUGCCGAUUAGUUGGCAUGAGAAGUUACACUCGGAAGACACCGGAGUUGAUAAGAAGCUAAAAGGCAUCACCUUGGAGAGCAUUCCAAGAUUACGUCACUUUGCGAAUGACACAAUUCUAGAUGUACUUUUCUACACGAGCCCAGUGUAUUGCCAAACUAUCAUUUCAAGUGUAGCGAAUGAAAUGAAUCGAAUCUACGACUUAUUUAAACAGAGGAAUCCGGAGUUCCAAGGCGGAAUUUCUUUAGGUGGUCACAGUUUAGGUUCACUCAUUCUCUUCGACAUCCUUUGCCAUCAGCAUCAGGAAACUGAACCCGAGAAAACGCCGGAAAAAGAGGAGGCUUCGAAUUCGACAGAGGAAGAUGUCGUCUCGCCUUUGAAACCACAUCCGAAACAGAGGAGAAUGAGUCGCAGGAUCAGUUACAUGAUGGGUGAAAUGGGUACCGGUCAGCCGCAACUGAAUUACCCGCACUUGAACUUCAAUCCACGCCACUUCUUCGCCUUGGGUUCACCUAUUGGUAUGUUCGUGACGGUCCGAGGUUUGGAUACCUUGGGUGAACAUUUUUCAUUACCGACUUGCCCAUCGUUCUUCAACAUUUUCCAUCCUUACGAUCCUGUCGCUUACCGAAUCGAAUCGUUGGUCAACCCGGAACUCGCUGAAUUGAAGCCAGUAUUGAUUCCGCAUCACAAGGGUCGUAAACGCAUGCACUUGGAAUUCAAGGAGACUAUGGCGAGAGUAGGUGCCGACUUGAAGCAACGACUUGUUGAUUCCAUGAAGAAUACUUGGAAUUCCGUCUACCAGUUUACUCUGUUCAAAAGUCAAACGAACGCACCCAAUUUGGAAGAAGAAGUCGAUAAGGUUUUGGAGGAACAACUGCAGCAGACGACGCUGAAUCCUACAGUAGAGGUUGUUGAAAAUGAACCAACAGAUCUAUCAUUAGGGAUUUUGAAUCAAGGUAAAAGAAUCGAUUAUGUGCUACAGGAGGCUCCGCUCGAAUUCUUCAAUGAGUAUAUCUUCGCUUUAACAAGCCACGUUUGUUAUUGGGAAUCCGAGGAUACCAUGCUAUUAAUCUUGAAGGAAAUCUACAACUCCAUGAAUAUUUCCACUGACAGUCAAAUUCCACAACAGACUAUGACCAUUGAAAGACCGCCGUCUUCGCCUAGGUCAGGCAGAUCAGCAGAGGAUGCGCAACUGACCUUAGGCGUUGAUCCUACGAUGCCGAUGAUGGGCGAAAGGAGCAAUUUAGGACCUCCGCCCACCGCCGGCUUCGUUAGGAAGACAUAGUAUUUUAUGGUCGCAUGGGUGUGCAGACCAUUAGCAGAAAGAUACGCUCCGUCUCUUUUAAGGAUCCUCCGUGAAAGCAACACGUCGAGGUGGAGGUUUUACAACUAAAAAUACGCUAAUUUAAAAUAAUUGGCUGUGACAACAUAUUGAUUUUUUGUUUUGUUUAUGU